CAUUUUCCUCAAAUUGGCAUCAGUGACGUUCUCGAGCUUCACUUCAACGUAGCUUCUUCUACUACUAGGAUACCAACUCUUGCAAUCGCCAUGAAAACAUCAAAGAUCUUUGCCUUCAUCCUGCUGUCUCUGCUAGCGCUCGCAGUUGUCGGGUUUGCAGCGGAGACCAAGGGGAAAACAGUUGAACAGAGGUCGAAUUCCGGUUCCGGGAACAUGACGGAGGCGCGUUCUAACGUCAAACCGGAUCAGGAGGGCAGAAUUUUCGGGCUGAACAAAAACAAGAAGCAAAAGCAUAGCUACGCAACACCUAAACCUCAAUACGGAGCUCCUAAAGCGCAUCACGUCACCCCCAAACCCCAGUACGGUGCUCCCAAGCCACACCACCCCAAAGCCCAGUACGGAGCCCCCAAGGGAAAUUACAAAGCUCCAGCGUACAGCAAACCAGAGCCAUCCUACAAUCAACAGACUUACAGUCCAGAAUACAACUCUCCAUCCUAUAGCCCUCCUUCUUACAGUCCUUCUGAAUACAGUCCCUCUGAAUACAGCCCACCUUCAUACAGCCCACCAUCUUACAGCCCACCUUCUUACAACCCACCUUCAUACAGCCCUACCGCUUAUACUGAAGCUCCUUACUCUCCUCCAUACGUCCCGAGUUACGAAGCUCCGUCGUACUCUCCUUCCUAUUACCCAGAGGCUCCAGCAGCUUACCAACCAGAAGAAUACAGCCCUCCAGCUUACGAAGCUCCUUCAUAUUCUCCUCCUACUUAUAGCGAAAUUCCUUCUUACAAGCCACAGGAGUACUCACCUGCUCCGGCAUACGGCGAAGCUCCUUAUUCUCCAGCGGCCGAGCCGGAAUAUCCUACGUCUUACAACGAGAAGCCGAGCUAUCCAGACAGCUACAAAGGAUCCAGUGAGGAAUUUUUCAAAACUAGCGGUGGCUUUCCAAAAUUCGACGAUUUGUUGAAACCUAACAAUAUGAACUUUAGACAGUUUAGAAUUUAAAAAUGAAAAUUCAAUUUUUGAGGAUCAAACAUUCGAGUCAACCAGUUUCAAUUUUGAAAAUUGAAUAAGGUUUUAAUAUUCAAUCAACUAUAAUCAUUACUUUUUUUUCAACAAACGCACAUAGUUUUUCCUCCUAUAUUCGACUUAAUUUGUCCAUAAUUUCACAUAAAACAGUUUCUGUUUUAAAUGUUUUACAGAGAAUAACUGGCACAGAUCAUGUUUGAAUAUUAGGGAAUGUUGGUUGUUAUGUUUGAACUCCUAUCCCCAGUGUUGUGCACGCCUAACAAGGAUUGGAAAUAUACAUCUAAAUCAAA